AUGACCUCACCCUCCUCAGCCACAUUGAUAAUAUGGGCACCCAGUGAUCCCACCCUCCUCAGCUACAUUGAUAAUAUGGGCACCAAGUGACCUUGCCCUCCUCAGCUACAUUGAUAAUAUGGGCAGCAAGUGACCUCACCCUCCUCAGCUACAUUGAUAAUAUGGGCACCCAGUGACCUUGCCCUCCUCAUACACAUUGAUAAUAUGGGCACCAAGUGACCCCACCCUCCUGAGCCACAUUGAUAAUAUGGGCACCAAGUGACCUCACCCUCCUCAGCCACAAUGAUAAUAUGGGCACCCACUGACCAAGCAAUCCUCAGCCACAUUGAUAAUAUGGGCACCCAGUGACCUUGCCCUCCUCAACCACAUUUAUAAUAUGGGCACCCAGUGACCCAGCCGUCCACAGCCACAUCAAACAUGUAUGGAACUGAUUGGCUGAUAACCUGCUCAAGGAACUCUCAGUCAAUGAAUGCCAUCAACUUUGGACAAAACAGACACUGACACAGUAGACCAGGAGAGCCAUGAGCUAUGUCAAUCACCUUGACAUUAAACUGAAGGCAUGGCCCCUGGACACGCUAGUCAACCUAGACACUAUAGUGAGCUGUUUGUCCAUGCUACUUAAAAUGUCCCUUUAACAGCUAUGUGGUUCCCCUACCUCCAGAUACAGUUCUCUCACCAGGCUGGUGGGCAUGGCUAGAAUUGUAAAUAGUUUUAACAUGAUGGGUUUCCUAUUUAGAUUUGAUAUCUCCCUCCUAAAACUGUCAGAGAGCGUGGAAUACAGCGACACCAUACAGCCAGCAUGCCUGCCCCCUGCCGGACUCAUUCUAUCACAUAACACCGCCUGUUACGUUACAGGAUGGGGUAACCUACAGAGUAAGUCUAACACUUCUAUUAUUACAAUAUUCUUAUUUGUAAAAUGCCAGCAUAUUGCUGUGUGACAUAAAUCAAACUACUCCCAGCCAGCUAGAGGUCUGGAAACCAAACGCUUGUUUUUUUAAAUAAAUACAUUUUAAAUUUGAUGCAGAUAUCCAUCAUCUCAGGAUAGCUAUUUCUCUGAGUUCACAGAACACGCCUGCUGCUUUUGACUGGCCAGUACUGAUAAUAUUUAUGUGAUUAUUAUUUCAGCCAAUGGUCCGUCCCCAGAUCAGCUGCAGCAGGGGCUCUUACUAGUGGUUGAUCACGCCACCUGCUCCCAAUCUGACUGGUGGGGCAAAACUGUGAAGACCAACAUGAUUUGUGCCGGUGGAGAUGGAAUCAUCUCCAGCUGUUACGUACGUUCUUCUUGUUUAAAGUUUAUUAUAUGGUUACAUUGCUAAAUGUGCAAAAAAAAUAUAAUCCCAUCCAGUUCUGCCAAUAAUUAAUUUGGAUUGUUUGUUGCUCCCGUCUGUAGGCGGCAAUGUAUGUUACACUGGGUAGCCUAAAACAGAUCUGAAAGAAUGAGAGGGUUAUUCACUAACCAGUGAGCAUGUUGCUAUACAAAACAAGGAUAGAAUAACUCAACUAUCAACUCCCCACAGUACCAGUUUAGAAAAUAAACAAUUCCUAUUUAUACAUAAGGAUUGGCAGAACUGUAAACUAUCAUUAUGUACAUUUUAUUGGAGUGGGGUUAGUGAUUUAGUACUGUUCCUGCAUUCACAACAUGUUAUUUGCGUUUAGACUUUCCUUAUAGAGCUUUGUAUUGAAUUUCUCAGCCUAUGACUAAUUGUAUUCAAGUUUCCAAGCUUACGACUAACAACCCACUGCUCAUCACAAGCCCAUUCAUUCCCCCUGGCAGGGUGAUUCUGGAGGACCUUUGAACUGCAGGAAUUCAAAUGGUGCCUGGGAGGUCCACGGUGUGGUCAGUUUUGGUUCCUCUCUUGGCUGUAAUUACUACAAGAAGCCCUCUGUCUUCACCAGAGUGUCCGACUUCAACAGCUGGAUCAGCAAGGUAAGAACGGGUCCAUCAAUUAGGAACGUUCACUAGUGAACAUUAUACAAUAUGACUUGACUGGUGUAUAGUCGCCAUUAGGGCAGUCGGAACCUUGGACAAAACCUCCCCCCCCCCACAUACUUAUCCCAAUAACACGCUGACACUAGGGUAUAUGGGUCAAAUUGUCCACAGCUUUUAUUACACAAAUAUAUAAUAAUCACGAUAAUAAAAUUAAUAAUAACAAUCAUAAUAAUGAUAAUAAUUUAACAUAUAAACAUGGGUCAUUGCCCCCAUACUCCGCCCUCGCAUCCGUAUCCUUCUUUUAAUAUAAAAGGCAUUGACCCCAACAUAACUAACACAUAUAUAUAACAAUUUUCAACCUUACUCCAACAUGAACAAAUUUAAGUGCUAACCAUAAGUAACCACGGCAGGGGUAUACCCGGAUACCCCUACCCCACCAGGUUCUGAGCCACCUCCAGAACUCAAAGUGGUACAAGGCUGGGUCCAUAGGUAGUCCAGUAAAAGAACAAAAGGAUUUGAACAAACAAAAUGCCACACUGCAUGUGGCACUCAGUAGCCACAAUUACAUAAAAUAAAAUGACAACAAAAUAUAGGUUUUUCAUUACAUGUGCUGCCUGCUAUAUCAAAGGGCAAGUCAUGUUGUCAAAUCCUAUUGGCACAGCGGGUGAUGUCCCAAUAAGACACAGUAUAAAAGUAUUGUCGUGUGUGACUGACACUGUGCAGUGUGUGCGCCCCUAAUCUCAGUGCAGAAAUGGGCAUUGUGAGAGUUACACACCUGGGCAACAGUUGCCAUCAUUAAUUCAGCCCCUCUCCUGUUAAAGAUAUGCUGGGAGAGGUGCUGGGGAGAAUGUGUGAUCCUCUCUUUCCAGCUUCUAUCCAGGCAUGUCAGUAAUGGGAGAGAGGAUGAAUUAAUGAUGGCAGCAGAUAACGUAUAUCUGACCUUCAAUCUCAUGGUUUAUUAUGAAAUCUACUUAGCAGCAUAGUUUUCCCAUAAUAAAUACAGCAUUAUAUAAUGCCUGAAAGACAUGUAAUAAAGUGUUUAUAAGCUUGUAUACUUUGCCAAAUGAUUUAUGCUUCUAAUUUUCCCUUGUGUCAUGUUUUCCAGACAAUCGCGUCCAACUAA